UUCCCAGUACAGCUUCCCCUCCCGUCUCGAGCGCCUCCAAUGAUCCAGUGGGUUCCUACUCCAUUAACGGGAUUCUGGGGAUUCCUCGGUCGAAUGGCGAGAAGAGGAAACGUGAUGAAGAAAUCUCCGAGGGCUCUGUUCCGAAUGGCGACUCCCAGAGUAGUGUGGACAGUUUGCGGAAACACCUUCGUGCCGACACCUUCACGCAACAGCAGCUGGAGGCUUUGGAUCGAGUCUUCGAACGUCCUUCUUACCCUGAUGUCUUCCAGGCCUCGGAACACAUCAAAUCGGAGCAGGCUUCUGAAUUAUCAGCUCCAGAGACGCAGCCCGGGCCUCCUCGUGUUCUCCCGUCCUCAUCCACCUCUUUAGCCAGUGAAACAGGCUGCUUCCUGCGGAGACGGUGGCCGGUGGAGGUGGGUCGCGACAUGGCCAGCACCACCCUGCCUGGCUACCCACCCCACGUCCCGCCGACUGGACAGGGCAGCUACCCGACCUCCACUCUGGCCGGAAUGGUGCCUGGGAGUGAAUUCUCAGGGAAUCCAUACAGCCACCCUCAGUACACGACCUACAACGAAGCCUGGAGGUUCAGCAACCCGGCGUUACUAAGUUCCCCUUAUUAUUAUAGUGCCACAUCCCGGGGCUCCGCACCUCCCACUGCUGCCGCUGCCUAUGACCGCCACUAG